AUGGAAUUUGCUUUAUUUUUUUCAACAACUAUUAUAUUUUUAUUAUAUCCUAAUCUUAUACGUCGUCUUGAUUUAAAUACUUCCCAAGUGCAUCUCCGUGAAUUAAACACUGGAAUAACUUUUACACAUGGUGUAAGCUUAAUAAACGGAACUGGUGUUAGGCCUGUUAGACGCGACGCAAUAAAAGAAUUUCAAUUUCUUUCUCAAUAUAAACAAACUUCAUCGAUAAUUGAAUGGAAUGAUUCUGUCGAUUUGUUGUUACCGAAUGUUACAGACAUGCAAACUUUGAUAAGUUUAGCGAAAAUGUCUUCAAAUGCGUAUAUCAAAUGUGAUGACGAUGAUUGGUAUGAUCUAGGCAAACAUUAUAAUUUGAACUCUACAUUCGGAUGGGAAGAUGAUGGUAUACGCGGAUAUGUUUUUGGAAAUAAGAACAAUAGUUUAAUGGUUAUUGCGAUCAAAGGAUCCAGUGUAAAAUUUAAUGAUGGAGGACCAACCGAAGAACAAGAUCGUAUUAAUGAUAAUCGAUUAUUUUCUUGUUGUUGUAAAAUUGGUUGGCCAUGGAAGCCAGUGUGUAAUUGUCAUAAAGACAAUAAUGAAUGUGAUUUGGAUUGUGUACAAGAUAGUGUGGACGAAAGAAAAUUGUAUUAUAAUUCAAUUUUGGAAAUGUUUGAAAAUAUAACAAAAGAAUACGAAGAUGAGAAUCUACAAGUAUGGUUAACAGGUCAUUCAUUGGGAGGAACUCUUGGAUCUUUGGUUGGAUCAUCCUAUGGGAUACCAACUGUAACGUUUGAAUCACCAGGUGAUAGAAUGGCAGCUAGUAGAUUACAUUUACCAAGACCACCUGCUCUACCAGAUGAUAAAAUGAAUAUUUGGCAUGUUGGUAAUAAUGCUGACAGUGGAUAUGCGAUGGAAUCAAAAUGUCAUAUUGGAAAUGUUUGUCUAUUUGAAGUGGCGGAAAAAUUAGACUGGAAUGUUAAUGCUAGAAAUCAUCCUAUUAUGAAAAACAUCAAUGAAGUUUUAAUUCCAUGGGAAAAGGAUUAUAAUUUCACUAUUCCAGAAUGUAAGCCUGAAAAGGAUUGCGUGGAUUGUGAAAAAUAUAAAUUUGUUUGA